CUAACCAAAGGCUUUUCAUACUCAAUGUAUAUUAUAAUUAAGAUCUGCGAUCCGAUUAUAUCAUAAGGUUACUUUUUAAAGAAUUAUUCUCCGAAGCCAUAUUUUGGGGGUCACUUUGGUGAGAAUCUGAUCGGAAAGAGAGAUUGUAUGGGUCAUUGCUUUUCGUUGCCGUCUUCUUCAUCGGAGAUUCACGAGGAUAACGAGCACGGUGAUGGAAAUGCGGUGGUGUGUUAUGGAGAAGAGUUCGGUUUAGAUCAUGACCUUCCGGUUCAUCGACUUGGUUCGGUCUGCUCUAUACAAGGAACCAAAGUGCUUAACCAAGAUCAUGCUAUUCUUUACCUGGGAUAUGGAACAAGGGAAACAGAGCUAUGUGGAGUGUUUGAUGGGCACGGUAAAAAUGGGCACAUGGUGAGCAAAAUGGUGAGGAAUAGAUUGCCAUCGGUUCUUUUGGCACUAAAGGAAGAGCUAAACCAAGAAUCUAAUGUUUGUGAAGAAGAAUCUAACAAAUGGGAAAAAGCUUGUUUUACUGCCUUUAGACUCAUUGACAGAGAGCUUAAUCUCCAAGUCUUUAAUUGCUCUUUCAGUGGCUCCACUGGAGUGGUUGCCAUAACUCAGGGAGAUGAUCUUGUGAUAGCGAACCUUGGUGAUUCAAGGGCAGUGUUGGGGACAAUGACUGAAGAUGGUGAGAUCAUGGCAGUGCAAUUAACAUCAGACCUAACACCUGAUGUCCCUAGUGAAGCAGAGAGGAUAAGGAUGUGCAAAGGUCGUGUUUUCGCAAUGAAAGCAGAACCGUGCAGCCAAAGGGUGUGGUUACCCAACCAAGACAUACCAGGAUUAGCCAUGUCAAGAGCUUUUGGAAAUUUUAGGCUCAAAGACCACGGCGUCAUUGCGGUUCCAGAGAUCUCUCAACACCGAAUAACUUCGAACGACUGGUUCCUUGUACUCGCUACAGAUGGGGUUUGGGAUAUGCUUAGCAAUGAUGAAGUUGUAUCGCUGAUAUGGAGUUCGGGAAAAAAGCAAGCUGAGGCCGCUAAAUUGGUGGCGGAGGCGGCUGAAGCUGCAUGGAAGAAAAAGCUUAAAUCUACCAAAAUUGACGAUAUUACAGUAAUAUGUCUUUUCUUACAGAACAAGGAACAACCAAGUUGUACUAUGCACACUUGAAUCAUAAUAUACAUUAUGCUAUUAU